UUUCUUCGACAUCUCCUCCUCCCUUUUCUUUCCAGUACACUUGAAAGGCUUUAUUGAACAUAAGGGAGAAGCGGAAUUAGGAAAUUUAUUGUUCGUUGUUACUUUAAAUCGUCUUUUGUUUAUAAAGUCGACUUUUUGUUGGUACCGACGUUGUUUAUUUCCAGUAAUCAUCAAAACAUUUUAAUUAUAUUAUACAUGGUCUCAUUUGAUUUUUAAAUGAUCUGUUCUUCACAUAAUUGAGUUUUCAUAAGUACCCAAUUGCUUAUUAGGCGUUGGUAUACCAAGAGCUGGUUUGUUGGGAAGCAAGGAAAGCUUGUAUUGAACAAGUUCUCGUUUCAUACCAUUAUCUUUGCACUUACUUUCUUGACUUUUCUGGGCCAAUAAGGUGUGUUAUGGUGCCGAGUGUUUGUGUUGUUUUCAAGUUUCAACAACCAUGACAUGGUAGAAUUCUGUUACUCUGGUGUCCACGUCACACGAAUUCUCCACUUUUGCUCCGUCAUGGUGCCCCCUGAACAAAAAUCACGUUGUGAAUUCCAUAAAAACUGUUGAAAUCUCCAUACUGGUUGCUCCCUCUGUGGGUGCAGUUGGCAAGGCAAGUCUAUGUUGAAGGUACAUCUCGUCUACCAUGAAAGUUUGUUCGGGGCUGAUCAAGGAUGUAAGUUGUGGUGAACGGAGGGGAACAGGGAAAUAGUUAAACUUCUGAUGCAACACAGGCGCACUUGACUCCUCAUGGUUGCAUAAUGCAACAAGGAUGACAUGUUUGCAGAAUUUUGAUGUGUAGGGUGUAGCUGUUUAUGCGAGUAUGUAAUGAAGAUAUUUUCAUCCACUACGGAUCUGGCAGGUCGAUGAUGUAGGAUGUGGAGGUAGCAGAAAUAUUCAAAUUUAUGAGGCAUCAUGUGCUCCUGAUUGAUUAUGCCAAAAUGACAAGCAUGACUUGUUGACUCAAUUCUUGAGUGUUUAGUCUGUGGCAGCUGGAAAUCUCUUUACCUAUUGCUCUCAGUUAAAAAAUUACAAAAACGAAAGCAUUCAUUUCGAAGAACAAAGAGCGAUUAAUCAGGUCCAACAACUCCACAUUACAUGUUUGACACCUCAUUUGUUGACUCUAUUUGUCAAUUGAUCUGUUUAGCUGGUGGAAGAUUUUGUUUCUGGCUAUGUUUUGGUAAUUAAAAUGUUCUUUAUGGUAUCUGUGGUUGGUCAAUGUGGAAUACUACCAGAUGUAUCCUGAUUCAAAUCAGAGCAUUUAUAGUUGCAACUUGCAAGGCUUACCUGGACUCAUCAACUCAAGAAUUUAGGCUUAUAGGUCUAUUCUUUAGGGUAGCAUUUGAUGGGUCGGAAUUUUCCUGUAGCACAGGAAAUAUGUUUCGAAUUUAAAAAAUUUUUCCGGUUUAUCAAACGCGGAAUUUUUUUUUUUACCAUUAAAGGUGGAAACAGAAAUAUAUUUCUGGAAAAAUGUUUCCAGCCAGGGGUGGAAACAUUUUUCCGGAUUUUUUUUUUUUUUUUUACCGUUAGGAGGAAGAAGGGACGCCGAGGAAGAAGGCAAGGAGGGAGGAGGAAGAAGGGAAGGAGGCGGAGGAAGAAAGGAGGGAAGAGGAAGAAGGAGGAAGAAAGGAAGGAGGGAGGAGGAAGAAGGGGGCGAGGGAGGAAGAAGGGACGCAGAGGAAGAAGGGUAGGAGGGAGGAGGAAGAAGGGAAGGAGGGAGGAGGAAGAAAGGAAGGAGGGAGGAGGAAGAAAGGAAGGAGGGAGGCAGAGGAAAAAGGGAAAGAGGGAGGAGGAAGAAGGGAGCGAGGGAGGCGGAGGAAAAAGGGCAAGAGGGAGGAGGAAGAAGGGAAGGAGGGAGGAGGAAGAAAGGAGGGAGGAGGAAGAAGGAGGAAGAAGGGAAGGAGGGAGGAGGAAGAAAGGAGGGAGGAGGAAGAAGGGGGCGAGGGAGGAAGAAGGGACGCGGAGGAAGAAGGGAGGCGGAGGAAGAAGGGAAGGCGGGAGGAAGAAGGAGGGAGAGAAGGUUAGUCUUUGUCUUCCUCCAGCCACAUCUUCUUUUUCCUCCGCCUCCCUUCUUCCUCCUCCCUCCUUCCCUUCUUCCUCCCUCGCUCCCUUUUUCCUCCUUCCUCCUCCCUCCUUCCCUUCUUCCUCCCUCGCUCCCUUUUUCCUUCUUCCUCCUUUCCUUCUUCCUUCCCCUCCCUUCUUCCUCCUCCCUCCUUCCCUUCUUUCUCCGCCUCCCUUCUUCCUCCCUCGCUUCCUUUUUCCUCCUCCAGCCACAUCUUCUUCUUCCUCCUCCUCCUCUGCAAAGGGUUUCAAAGCAACCCACCAUUUCCACCAAUUCUUCCUCCCUCGUCAUCAAACAAUGAAAUUUGUUUCCAGAAAAAUAAUUCCAAGUUAACAAACACAACGUGGUUUUGGAAAUAUGAAAAUUUAUUUCUCAUUCACCAAUUCCAGAAAUAAAUUUCUGGAAACUUCUUUCCAUAAACAUAUUUCCAGCCAUCAAACGCUACCUAGGCAAAUCAUUGGGCUUAGUGCAAGCCUGUUAGAAGAUUUUCCUUACAGGCAGAGGCACAAGAAACAAUGGUGUGUAUGCCAAUUUAUGUCGUCAACCAAGCGUGUGAUUCUUCUUUUUUACGAAGUUUGACAAUUGUUGAGAUUACUCUACUGCUUUGCUGGAUAAAUUAGCAUUGUGUGAACCAACUGGAGAAAGUGAUAAUGGUUACUCACUAGAACAGAACCUAAUUCUAUGUAAGUCUUCCAGAUUGUCAACUAUGAAGUUAAAAUUUUCACGUUAUACACAAACACGUAGCACACACCAUUGUAACAAGAUAGAAGAGGGUGUCAUCUGUCUAAAGCUGGCUCAGACACCUGGCAGUAAUGUAUUGGAAAACCAUAUUCAUUUUCUCUUUGACUUUUAUAGUGUUACCAUUGUGGUGCCCUCCAUGUUCAUCUAAUAUUUUAUUUGCAUUGGGGACAUUUUUUCAUAGUUUUUGGCACGUGUGAAAAGAUAUGAGAUGCUUCAACUUCAGCAGUCAAUUGCUAUUUUUGCCAGUCUAUGGAUCCUUAAAAUCACACUAUGCUUUCCACGUUAGAGAAAAAUAAUGAAUGGAUUCUCCCUUCCGAGUGUGUACUUGAUUUCAUUCAUAUGCCAUCUCAGUAACAAAGUUGAUAAGGAGUGUAUAAUCUACUGUUAGUAUUCUGGUUAUAUACCUAACACGGAUCUUCUACUAUCUGUAUAUACUAACUUUCAGCUUAUAUAAUGAUGGGCUGUAAAAUUAAGCUAAUCAAUGCUAGGAUGCUGAUGGACUCCUAUAGCAGAAAGGAUGAUGAUGUCACUUAAGUAGCUGAUCAGAAUCUUCGUUUGACAAUACAGGAUGAUGGACUCCAUAUAGGCUAAGUGGCCAGCUUGCAGACAAUAUGAGAAAUUUCUGUUGUUGUGGAGUUUUAUUAUUUUAUGGUUUGGUUUGACAGGCUCUUAGAUACUGUACAAUUAGAUUUUCUGUAUCCAGCAAUAAUAUUAUGUUCUGUCUUAAAGGUUUGAUGCUCUAACUACCAAAAGUAGGAGUGAAGAUCCUAGCCGUUUGGUUCCUUGGAUUAUGUUACCUCUUUCUUAUACAUUUUUUACUGCUCUUAUACAGUGAGACUGACCUGGUAAUGAUCUUU